GCGGGCAUUGAGAAGUUAAUCUUUCUCUAUUGGAGCAGCUUCCCUUUUUUUUCACCCUGGGAGGACGCCAACAGGAGUCCUCCAGUUGCCGUGAAGUCUGCCAUGACCAGCUGUGAGCACCCCGACUUCCUGCAGCAGGAUGAUAACAUGUUCAGCUGCCAAGUUGAUGGCCGAGGCAAGAAGAAGGAUGGUCAGCCCGGGAGUCCCAGCAGCAGCCACCUGGCCUAUGGCAUCUUGGAUGUCCCACCAUGGUAUCUCUGCAUCCUCUUGGGGAUCCAGCACUUCCUUACAGCCCUGGGGGGGCUCGUGGCAGUGCCGCUCAUUCUGGCCAAGGAACUGUGUCUGCAGCAUGACCCCCUGACCCAGAGCUACCUCAUCAGCACCAUCUUCUUUGCCUCUGGCAUCUGUACUCUCCUGCAAGUCUUUUUCGGAGUCAGGCUGCCCAUUCUCCAGGGAGGUACAUUUGGUUUUGUGGCACCCUCCCUGGCCAUGCUGUCCCUUCCUGCCUGGAAAUGCCCCGAGUGGACACUCAAUGCCAGCCAGGUAAACACCAGCUCUCCUGAAUUCAUCGAGGAAUGGCAGAAGAGGAUCCGAGAGUUGCAGGGUGCCAUCAUGGUCGCUUCCUGUGUCCAGAUUCUAGUGGGCUUCUCAGGCCUCAUUGGCUUUCUCAUGCGCUUCAUUGGCCCCUUGACCAUUGCUCCGACCAUCUCCCUGGUGGCCCUGCCUCUCUUCAGUUCUGCGGGCAAUAAUGCCGGGACCCACUGGGGGGUUGCUGCCAUGACCAUCUUCCUCAUCGUGCUGUUUUCUCAGUACCUGAAAAAUGUCGCGGUGCCCAUGCCCAUUUAUGGACGAGAGAAGAAGCUUCACACCUCUAAGUUCUACCUGUUUCAGGUCUUCCCUGUGCUGCUGUCGCUCUGCAUCUCAUGGCUCCUCUGCUUCGUGCUCACAGUCACCAAUGCCCUCCCCAAGGACCCCACAGCCUAUGGGUACCAGGCCCGCACCGACACCAAAGCCAACGUCCUCAGCCAGGCGCCUUGGUUUCGCUUUCCUUACCCAGGACAGUGGGGCCUGCCCACCAUCAGCCCGGCUGGGGUCUUUGGGAUCAUGGCAGGGGUGAUCUCCUCGAUGGUGGAGUCAGUAGGCGAUUAUUAUGCCUGUGCCCGGCUGGUGGGGGCCCCACCCCCUCCGAAGCAUGCCAUCAACCGUGGCAUCGGCAUUGAGGGCCUUGGCUGCCUGCUGGCAGGGGCGUGGGGGUCAGGGAACGGCACCACCUCCUACAGUGAGAAUGUCGGGGCUCUGGGGAUCACCAAGGUGGGGAGCAGAAUGGUGAUUGUUGCUGCAGGCUGUGUGCUGCUCCUGAUGGGAGUAUUUGGGAAGAUUGGGGCUGCAUUUGCAACUAUCCCAACACCUGUGAUCGGAGGCAUGUUCCUGGUGAUGUUCGGGGUCAUCGCUGCUGUGGGAAUUUCCAAUCUGCAGUACGUGGACAUGAACUCAUCCAGGAACAUUUUUGUCUUUGGCUUCUCCAUCUUCUGUGGGCUUGCCGUUCCCAACUGGGUGAACAAGAACAGUGAGAAGCUCCAAACAGGGAUUCUCCAACUGGACCAGGUCAUCCAGGUGCUGCUGACCACGGACAUGUUUGUAGGCGGAUUUCUGGGCUUUCUACUGGACAACACCAUCCCAGGAAGUCUGGAGGAGAGAGGCCUCCUGACAUGGGAUCAAAUCCAUGAGGAGUCUGAGGAGACUGCGAAGGUGUCAGAGGUCUACGGCCUCCCCUGUGGGAUUGGCACAAAGUUCUGCACUUCCUCCUAUACCCGGUACCUCCCCUUCUGGCCCAAACUGGAACAUCGUGGGAGAGCUGAGGUGGGAGCGUGCCAGCUUACCCUCUACUCCCAGGAUUCCUCAGGAGAGUGCCUCAAAGUUGCCACAGAAACCAAGAUGUAAGGAGAACUCUCUGCACUGUGGGUUGGAAUGUAAAUUGGUAAAACCACAAUGGAAAACAGUAUGGAGGAUCCUCAAAAAUUUAAAAAUAGCCACAUGACCCAGCAAUUCCACUUCUGGGUAUUUAUCUGAGGAAAAUAAGAACACUAAU